AUGAUAAAGCAUGAGAGUGGGAAAUCUUUGAAAAGCGUCUACGGUGCAUCGUUACUUAUGAGCAGUACUUUAUAAAAGGGUACUAAUUCCCUGAAUUUGAAGAAAGAAUUUGAUUCCCAAAGUGAAGUAUCUAAAAAGAGAAGCAAGAGAGGGGCUAAAGGGUCCUUUGUAGAUUAGAUAUUAUAAGCUGCUUAAGAGACAUAAGAUAAUGAACUCAAGGAUUUUUUCUUGACUCAUGUCUAAACUGAAUCUGUGCUUCCUCCUAUAAAACUUGAUGAUAACAAAGAAUACAGAAAUUUAAUGCAGAGAUAGAAGUAAGUAUCUUAUUUGGUGGCCAAGCAUGUGAGAUUGGCUUCAGAACGUUAGAAAUACGGAAAGGUUGAAAACAAUCAUUAUGCACAUUACGAGAAGUUAGGACCAUUGGAAUCUAUAAUUUAAAAAGUUAAACCUUCUGAAAAGACAAUGAAUUAUGUGCCUAAGCUUGAUAUCACUUAAAAACCUUCACUUGAACUGAUGAAAACAGUAAAUAAAAAGCUGAUGCAAGAGUAAGAGGACAACGGGGGAGACUAAUUUACUAAAGAAUUCAUUGAAGAUACAUAUCAGACAUUCGGAAUGAAUCAAGAGGAUAUCGAGGAUGUCCAGGCUAUUGUAGCAGAAGAGGGAGAUAAAAUAGACUAUGAUUCUAAGGAAAUAAAGUUCACAGAACAUUAGCACGAGUUCAGGACUAUCUGCUCAAAAGUAAACAAAGAGAAAUCAGCUGAGAUAUUUAUUAAAUCUAAUAAAGACUUCUCUAAAUGGAAUCUAAGAGAUAAAAAUUCUUAAUCGUACUUCUUGUCAAGAGUAGCGAUGAAAGAGCCUCGCAAUUUCAUAGAGCAGGAGAUUGAUCAGAAAAAAAUGGACAAUGAUGAGUUUUUAUUCAGACAAAAACCUGCUCCUAGUAAAAUGGAUAACCUCGAUAAUUAAGAAGAAACCUCUGAGGAGGAAAAUUCUGAUGAAGAGAAUAAGUUAGGAGUAAACACAGAGUUGACUAAGAUUCCCAAAGAUUAAGCCUGGACUGAAAGUUAUCAGUAUUAUUCUGAAACAGAUAGACAAUCCCUAAGGGAUGCAGAUAAUAAUCCAAUGCUUAUUGUCCAAGAUCACAUUAUCUUUGAUGAUAUGAAUAUUCCUAUUGUGAAGGAGAAGAGACUUCGUUUCGAGUCUCUAAGUGAAGAAGAAGAUAAGAAAUUGGAAGAAGAAAAGAAAAAAGAGGAAGAAGAAUUGAAAAAGUUUAUCUUCUUAGAGAAGUUGAAGUAUGAGAAGGCUAUCAAAGGUUAUGAUAGAGUGCCAGGCCUUAGGUCAAAUAUUGAUGAUUUUACAGAAGUACUAAUGCAAAAGUUAUUUAAGAAAAGAGAACCUACUAAUGAAUUCAAAUUUAUUCUGAAAAAAGAUAAUACCCACAACAGAAUUGAUCAUUCUAAGCCACUUUACCUAGAUGAUUUGAAGAGAUUUGGAAAGCUUAAAGAAAUAGGGGAUCGAAAGCAACUCAGCUUGAUUGAACAUGACGUUAAAGAUCUUAAGAGGGACUUCAAAGAUGAGAAUAUAUUCAAUGUUGAUUUGGAUUAGCAGCAGAUGAUGCAAACUCUUGCUAGUACUUAUGAUAAAGAAUUAAAUAAACAGCAAAAGCAGCUUAAACUAAUCACAAUGAGAUAAGGAGGAGGGACAACUAAGGAUUAGGAAAAGAAGAACUUUAGUGGGGCUUGGUAUCUCCCAGUAUCUAAGUGGGGUAACAAUUAGAAAUAUAGUUAUGAAUAGCGAUAAAUUAUUACCUAAGAAAAGUCAGAUGCCCCUUAGAUAGGUAGCUUAACCAAAUAAGCCCUGAGCUACCUAUUGACUCCUUAUACCUAAACUGCUGCUAAGAGAAUAAAGCUUUUCAAUAAAGAUGACGAAGCACUAGAUUACUUGCUCAGAGAUUCCCUGAACUGUCCUAUUUAUCUUAAGCAUUAUAGUAAACAAAACAUUGAGCAUGCUACAAAGAUUAAAACAGUCAAGACUAUUGAAGAUGAUGAAGAUGUUUUACUCCUAAUUAUUCCAAAUGAGUAGGACAAAUAACUCUUUAAUUCUCUCAAGUCAUUCAUAUUACCAGGAGAAAUGAGACUAUCUUUGAUUGAGUGGCUUUUAGAAUAGUAUGAACCGGGUAUAAUGACUUCUGAUGAAUUUAGAGGGAGCAAAUAUACUACAAAAGUAGAGUAAAUUGAGUCUAUUUUAAGACAGAUUGGAAUUGUGAAUUAUUCUGAUAAACAAGGUGCAACAUAAAAUAUUCUAGAUAAGUCUAUAGAGGGCUUAAAUGGGACUAUUGAUUCAAUAGAACUUCUAGUCAGAAUUGCUACCUUUGUACUGAAUUCAUAAUAGAUAGAAAAUAUAGACAUAAAAUAGCUGAAUUUUAUGCAAGAUAAGUUAAUGAAUCAUAUAUCUGUGAAUCAGAGUUAAGUAUUUCAGCCUACAGUAAGAUUGUUUCCACCUGGUUUUCCAAAGUCUGAGGAAGAUGAGUAUAAUUUAGAUUAACUAGACAUGAUAGUUGAUGACUUAAUGUUUAAAGUUGAAAAAACCUAAGAGAAGAAUAAAGAGUUGAAUGCUUAAACUAUGAGAUAAAAUUAGGAUUAGAUUAAUCUGGCGAGCCAGAAAGACCUAGAUGAACUGAAAUUGUAAUUGGAAGAUCUGAAAGAGAGCAUUUUAAAAUUCAAUGAUGAUUUCGAGGAAACUAUGAAAAGAGACCUUAGUCGAUUGGCUUAAAAUUAGGUUUAAACUUAAUUGGGAUAGAUUGUUGACAAGGCUCUGCUUAAUCAGCAAAGUUUUUCCAAUAUGACUGAUAAAUUUUAAGAUGUAGUAGAGGCUCUUGGUAAAAUACAGAUCAGAAUUCAAAUGAUUGGACUUAAUGAGUCAAAUAACUAUAAGAGAGAUUAGCAAUAGAUUAACAAUGAAAAAGUAUUGGAAUUAGUGAAUCAAUCAGUUCAAAAAUCUUAAUCUCAAUAAAGAAAGAACUGGAUCCCUAAGCCUAAUGAAAGAAAUAGUAGAAAGAAGUAUAAAGUUGAAUAUGAUCCAUACUCUGACGUAUUCAUUGAUGAGGAGCAUAAUAAGUACGCUGAAGCUUUAUUUCAAUAGUUCCAUAUAAAUCUAGUAACUUUGAAAUAUUCUGACAGAGACAGAGGAGAGAUAGCAAGUCAACUAAAAAGGAUACCAUAAAACAUUAAAAACAAGCCUAAACACCUGAAAAUAAUGGUGGAUGAAACCUAUAAAUACGCUGAGAGAAUAUGCAGGAUCAGCAGCAAUAUCAAGACUUGCAAUAUUUCACUUUUAAAGGGAGAUAAACCAAACUCUGGAGUAGGAUAUUUAGAUUUCGAGAAUUCUAAUUAGUACUUCUUGAUUCCAUAUAAAGGCUACUAUCAAAAUCCAGGACUCAUUCAGUAUUCAUUUGUUGUUAGGAAGUAUUCUCAUUUGCUUGGAGGUCUUUUCAAACCUUUUAAAUUCAUGGAAUUUGGAUACAAAUGGAACUAUGACAGAUAUGACUCUAAGUACUAUUUCAUCAAGGAAUUCAAGCCUUUCUCACAAUUCAAAAUCAAAACUUAAUGGUAAUACUCCACUAACUACAGAACAGUAGAUACCAAUGCACAUGAGAACUUAUAUAAAACUUCAUUGAAAUUCUUGUACAAUCUAGAUAAAUAUCAUUAGAGCUCUAAACUAUUUAGACACUCAGCAAUUCACGAUCCUGAUUAAUAUGCCUAUCUCAAAUUCAGCUCUAAAACCAGAUCAAACAGAGUUAAUACUAAUCACAGUAGCAGACUUCUUAUGGAAAAUGCUCUAGGCGGUGACACAAUGCACUCAGCAAAGUUUGGCCUGAGAUUUAACUUGCCCAUUGAUGCUAGUGAACUUAGCAAUAAUCUAUGCAUUAGAGCCUCUACUGAAGUGGAUACUAAUCAUGAAGACAUCAAAUACUUGAAAGCUAAACUCUUUACUCGUUAUUUCACUAGUUAUAAGAAAGCACUCUUUUAAUUCAAUCUGUCAUCAGGUUUUAUGAGGAAUAUAUCAGAUGGAAAGAGAACUAAGAUCAACGAUAAUUUUUAUCUUAAGAAUUUUAAGGGCAUUAGAAAUAUCGGCUAUCACUAUGAUAAUACCAAUCCAAACAAGGCUUUAAGCGGAGAAAACCUUGGGUUUGAUAAGUAUGUGAAUCUAAAUGUAAAGAUUUUGCAAAUGGAUAUCCCUCUGCUGGGCAAUUAUCACAUUAAGCCAUUUUUGCAUACAAAUCUCGCUCUUGCUCCUAACAGGAAUAUUUAAAAUUAAGUUGAACCAAUGAGUGCAAAGACAUUUUUAAGAGACUAUGGCAGAGCUUCUCUAGGCUUUGGAUUAUCUCUUUAAUUGCCUUCAAUUGCUAUUGAAUGCUACUUUAACCCACUAGUCUACAGAUAGAAAAAUGAGUUGAAGGCAGACUUUCAAGUCAAUUUUGGCUUUGAUUGA